AUCGAACGUUGUCACUAUACUAGAAUGGCUCAGAGACUCACUUAUCGUCGUCGUUUGUCUUACAACACUCGUUCUAACCGUGUCAGAGCCGUAAAGACUCCCGGUGGUAACCUUGUCUACCAAUACGAAAAGAAGCCUGUCAAGGCUCCUCGUUGUGGUGACUGUGGUGAAACUCUCGCUGGUAUCAAGGCUCUUCGUGCCCGUGAAUUCGCCACUGUUUCCAAGACCAACAAGCACGUUAGCCGUGCCUACGGUGGUUCUCGUUGUGCCCACUGUGUCAGAAACCGUAUCGUUCGUGCUUUCUUGAUUGAAGAACAAAAGAUCGUCAAGAAGGUCCUCAAGGCUCAAAAAUAAUUAUAGUGUGUUUUUUUAAUGUAUUAAAGCGACAGUUUCUAUUUUUUUUUUAAAAAAAAAGGGGGAGAUGGCUGACAUUAAAGCAAUGACUUUAAUUAGUGAGAGGGAGUCAUUUAUUUCCUC